CUCGCCCGCUUUUAUAAGUGGAUUCCACGUGCGUAGAGGCUGCACGGACGACAUGCCAGCAAUGGAUGCCGAUGGAAAAGCGCUGAAGGUUGAACCUGCGGACACAACUUUUAGGAACUAAUGAACUCAGCACCGCGGGACAUAUUCACGCGCAUUCCAACAUGUGGGUUCUCAGCAGGGCACAUCAGCGCGAGCUCCUCCUCCUUUGGACGAGAGGACGACUCCCUCAGUCUGCCUCUCACCAUGUCUCUGCGUCUCUCCUGUUCCCGGAGGACGGCAGCAUCGAACCCGCGGCGAAAAGUCGGCGCGGGGCGUCGGGUACCUCCAAUGACCAACGCAAGAAUGUGGGGUCUGAUGGUUGGCAGAGACAGGAGAGGUCAGCGCACAGUAAAACUUGGAAAAAGGAGAGCCCGGUGGGGCAGAGGAGGGAAGGGGACAGCAGAGUGUCCUCUGAGCUCAGGAGAUUGAGUCUGGAUGACUUCCCUGCAGAAAAGGAGAAGAUGGCAGGACAGAAGUCCACGCCGUACGCCAGGGAAGCGCCCUACGAGGUCGUCUUUGGGGUUGCCCCCUGCCUCUUGGCUCUCACUCAGGGCCGAAGGAGGGCCAGAAAGCUGUUCGUCAAAGACGGCGAGGCCUCCCACCGGGCCUCCGUGUUGGAGGUGUGCGAGGAGGCCCAUCGGCGAGGCGUUCAGGUGCAGCGGAUCAGCAAGAAAGAUCUGGACAAGAUGUCCUCCGGCCGAGUGCAUCAAGGGGUUUGUCUGCAGGCGAGUCCUCUGGCCUACCUCGUUGAAGACAGGGACUCCCCCGCCCCCACCGGGAGAGAGCCCCCCCUCUGGCUCGUCCUGGAGCGGGUUCAGGACCCGAUGAAUCUCGGCGCCAUCCUGCGCUCGGCGUACUUCCUGGGUGUGGACAGGGUCGCCAGCAGUCUCCGCCACAGCUGCCCGCUGUCUCCUGUGGUCAGCAAGGCCAGCUCGGGGGUCAUGGAGGUGAUCGGGGUGUACGGGUACGAGAGCCUCGAAGACAUGCUGAAGGUGAAGGUGGCGCGGGGCUGGCACGUGGUUGGCACGGUGGGGGCCGGGGCGGAGGAGCCCCCGAUCCCCGUGACCUCCUGUUCGGACUUUCGGAUGACCAGACCCACGGUGUUGUUGAUGGGGGGCGAGGGGGAGGGGCUGUCCCGGGAGCUGCUCUCUCUGUGCCAAACCCUCCUCACCAUCCCGGCUGGCAGGGAGCUCUUCCCUGGUGUGGAGUCGCUCAACGUCUCCGUGGCUUCGGGCAUUCUGCUGCACGCUCUGCUGUCCUCCAGGGGCUCCGCUGGACGAUGAUCGCCCUAAGGGGGAGGGGUGGUGUUUAUCUGGUUCUGAAACUCAGUUUAGCCCUGAUCCUCUAUGAGACCUCAGUAAACGAGACGAGAGAAGUUUGUUUAUUUCUACAUACUUCUCCUUAGCGCUCGUCAUCGGUUUCACUGGGUCGCUGAGUCUUUUGAGACCAGAUGACGUCAUGCAGGUUUACCAGAGCCUCCUUCUGCAGAGACCAGUCCACCGUGGACCAACCCAGAUCCGGCUUCACCCAUCCAUGGACCUGCUAUAAGAGCUCCAGAGGGAAGAGGAGAGCUCCGCUCCCCACGGCAGCAGCACCGACUCCUUCAGGAGCUUCUCCUCUUUGGGAGCCAACACCACGCUACGGGGGAGGGAGGCCCAAAACAACCAGAAAUCAAUAAUAAAAAAAGAUGGUGAUGUUCAAUAUUUGCAACUUCUGUCUGUAAAUUAUGAUAACGAAUGUGUAAUAAGUAUAAAAGCCUGGUGUCUUCUUCCGCUGAGCAGUAGAGCUCCAUUAAAAACCUAUUAAUAUGC